CUCCUCCGCGGGAAACAAAAAUGGCGAGCGGCUACAGCGGAGCCGGGCUGUCUGUGAAGCGGGUUUGACUCCUCCCCCGUUGCUUUUUCCUUCUGUCCGCCUCAGAGCCCGUGCACGGCGGAGUCCCGCUGCGUACCGAGGGACCGGCUGCACACCGAGGGCUCGAGCCGCACCGGGGCGAGUUUCCUGAGCUCGCUGAUUUCCCUGUAUGAGGCGGUUGGCACCACUGGAGAGACCGAAUGAGAGACUCUACAGUGGUGGGUAAUUCACAGGUCCAUAAGCGGUCUCCUUUACGUGGAAACCAUAAGACCUCAGGAUCUCUGACCAAACUGUCAUUACGUGAUGGACAGAAACCCAAAAAGCCACUGUGUAAAUUUGAAGAGGGUCAGGAUGUCCUAGCUAGAUGGUCAGAUGGCUUGUUUUAUCUUGGAACUAUCAAAAAGAUAAACAAACUAAAACAGAACUGCUUCAUUAUAUUUGAAGACAGUUCCAAGUCCUGGGUUCUCUGGAAGGACAUACAAACAGGAGCCACUGAAAGUGGGGAAAUGGUCUGUACAAUAUGUCAGGAAGAGUAUUCAGAAGCACCAAAUGAAAUGGUUAUAUGUGAUAAAUGUGGGCAAGGUUAUCAUCAACUAUGUCACACACCAAAUAUUGAUUCCAGCGUGAUUGAUUCAGAUGAUAAAUGGCUCUGUCGACAGUGUGUUUUUGCAACGACCACAAAGAGGGGUGGUGCCCUUAAGAAAGGACCAAAUGCCAAAGCACUGCAAGUCAUGAAACAAACGUUACCGUAUAAUGCCACAGACCUUGAGUGGGAUGCAGGUCAUAAAACAAAUGUCCAGCAGUGUUACUGCUAUUGUGGAGGACCUGGAGACUGGUAUCUAAAGAUGCUGCAGUGCUGCAAAUGUAAGCAGUGGUUUCAUGAGGCUUGUGUUCAGUGCCUCCAAAAGCCAAUGCUUUUUGGUGACAGGUUUUAUACAUUCAUUUGCUCAGUUUGUAGUUCUGGACCAGAAUACCUCAAACGUUUACCCUUGAGAUGGGUAGAUAUAGCACAUCUAUGCCUUUAUAACCUAAGUGUUAUUCAUAAGAAGAAAUACUUUGAUUCAGAGCUUGAACUCAUGGCCUACAUUAACGAAAACUGGGAUAGGUUGCAUCCUGGUGAGCUCGCAGAUACACCAAAAUCUGAAAGAUAUGAGCAUGUACUGGAGGCAUUAAAUGAUUACAAGACCAUGUUUAUGUCUGGAAAAGAAAUUAAGAAAAAGAAGCAUUUGUUUGGCUUGAGAAUUCGUGUUCCUCCAGUGCCACCAAAUGCUGCUUUAAAGGCUGAGAAAGAACCAGAAGGAACUUCUCAUGAGUUCAAAAUUAAAGGCAGAAAGUCAUCUAAACCAAUCCCUGAUGUGAGGGAAUUAAGUAAUGGUAUAGAAAGAAAGGGGAAAAAAAAAACAGUAGGUCGUCCACCUGGUCCCUAUACAAGGAAAAUGAUUCACAAAACUCCAGAGUCAUCUCCUCUGGAUAAUGAGCCAGUUCCAGUGGUGGAGAACCCAGCCUUGGAAUUACCCUGCACUGUUGGCAAAUCUGAUGGAACUGCACAUUCAUCCAAUACCUCAGAUGUGGAAUCCACAGGUGCUGCAAGUAUGAACGAAACUACCUCAUCUAGCAUUUCCAGACAUUAUAGUUUAUCUGAUUCAAGAAAAAGAACUCGUACAGGAAGAACUUGGCCUGCUGCAAUACCACAUUUGAGGAGAAGAGGUCGCUUUUCACGAAAAGCCCUCCAGACUCAGAAUUCAGAAAUUGUAAAAGAUGAUGAGAGCAAGGAAGAUUACCAGUAUGAUGAACUCAAUACAGAGAUACUUAACAACUUAGCAGAUCAGGAGUUACAGCUCAAUCAUCUAAAGAACUCAAUUACUAGUUAUUUUGGUGCAGCAGGUAGAAUAGCUUGUGGGGAAAAAUACCGUGUUUUGGCUCGUCGGGUGACACUUGAUGGAAAAGUGCAGUAUCUUGUGGAGUGGGAAGGAGCAACUGCAUCCUGACUGUAGGACUGAACAUUACGUUCACUGCACUGUCAUCUGUAUGUACAGCUCAUAAUGCAGAGCCACAAGAGAAAUGUGUCUUUAAACGUGUUUUUAAAAACAAAACCAGUUUAGCCUUAACAUGUAAUUGUUACCAUUACAGCUCUUGUGAGAAAGACUUAUCUUUUUAAAACCUGAUCUGAGAUUUUUUUAAUCUGAACUUUGUUAGAUUGUUUUAGGUUGGGAUAUUUUGGGUUACAAUUGCUUAAAUAUGUGCAUGGUGUUUUAAAGAAAAAAAAAAAGACAUUUUCUAGGGAACAUUCCGUGGAUACAGUUAUUGUGAUUUAGAGAAAAUAUUCUGUAGAUAGCACAAAGCCUGGAAAAAUUUCUGGUUUGUUUUCUUAUCCAAAUGUUUGCAGAAAUGUAUUUCUAUUUCAAUACUUUCUAGAUUUCAUAAGUGCAGUGUAUAUAAUGCCUACUGAAGACUGUAAAAUACUGAAGUUUUCUUUCAAACAGUGUAAAAAAAAAAAGAAAAAAUAUAUUGAGCCUGUAAAUUGCUCUGUGACUAGACUUCAUUGUCUUCUUAAUAUAUUCUUUGUGUGUAUGCGUGUGCGCAUGUGUAUAUAUACAUAUGUAUAUAUGCACACACAUACUUGUGCAUGUAUAUAUAUGUGUGAUUGUGACCUAUGCAAUACAAAUUAUGGGAUCAGACAGCUUCUGAGAAUAGAUCCCAUAAUUCUUUUUUCAGGAAUAGUUGCCAGUAUUUACACAACAGCAUUUCUUCUCAGGCUCACUUGGUGCUGUUGCUUUCUGUGUCCUAAGGAAGAGUGUCAAACCAGUGCAGCGUGUUCUGGCAAUGGGUGCAGACAUUGAUGUUCAUGUCUUCUAGGUAAUAUAUUCCAGUAUUUUCCAUGUGAAUUAACUGUUAAAAAUAAUGCAUGAUCAGAACAUCUUGAAAUUCACUCCAUUAGAACAGUUUGGAAGCUAUUGAGGCACACUGAUUUGGUGUCCUAGUUAUAAACUUAAGUUGACAGCAAUUACACCCAAAUUCCUACGUGUGUGUAGAAGCAGUCAUAUUUUCAUAAGUGCAGUAUGAAUAAAGUAUGUUAUUGCACAGGGUCAACACUUUGUUGCCGUUUGAAGUAACGUUACUGAGUUUAUUACAAUAUUACCUCUUUUUGUUGUUAUAAAAUGCACCAAGUUUUCAAUUUUACUUUAAAAAAAAAAAACAAACUCAAAGGUCUUUUGACAGUAUUAGAUGUAUUUCUUUGUCUGCUACUUUUGAGGGGGUUUUAGCCAAAGAGUAAACAGAAGAAUGUUUUUACUUUGGUGGUUAUUCACUGUACUGCAUGAGGUUAAUUUUCUUAAAUACUUACAGUUCACCACUGAAAUAAAACCAUGUACCAUUUGCAAAUGACAAAGUGGUUAAAAGUGUAUUGCCUGAGUUAGUACUUGCUUAUUGUUACUUGAUUGUUUAACUUUUUCUGCUCACUUUGAACAUCUUAAAGGUGAUAUGUAAAACGAUUUUUUUUUUCUGUCACUUUACAGCCAAAGGAAGCAGAGAAAGCUUUUUAGCCUGUGCUUGGUUUCAUUGAACCAUAGAAUGGUAGGGCUGGAAGGGACCUUUAGAGAUCAUCUAGUCCAACCCCCCUGCAGAAGCAGGUUCACCUAGAUCAGGUCACACAGGAACAUGUCCAGGUGGGUCUUGAAGACCUCCAAGGAAGGAGACUCCACAACCCCUCUGGGCAGCCUGUGCCCGGGCUCCCUCACCUCAUAGUAAAAUAGUUUAUGACUGGUUGAGUAGCAGUAGCUUCAUACAAAUGCUAAUUUAAAACUGUCACUUCUGUUUACCUUCACUAAAAUGUGGGAUUUUUUUCUCAAGCCCUCAGCUGUUAAUUUAAUGUUGCCUGCCUAUAGCUGCAAUAUUUUUGAUAACACGUCAACUUCAAGUUAAUUUUUGAAUGUUUAUAUUGUGGGAUAAUGCAAAAUGUAAAGCCUUUGUAACCUUACACUCAUGAUCUGUAUCUGUCUUUAUUGUUUCACUUUAUCCAAGUCCUUUAAUUCUAACUGAACACCAGCAGCAUUUUUUGUAAAGUUGCAUUUAAAGGUAAAUAUUCGAAUGUACUUCGGGGUCUUUAGUGCGGGGCAGAAAAUAUUUGUUGAACUUAAGCUGUCCAUAGACUUAAUUAUUGUGAAUGUCAGUUCAUUUUAUUCUGGUGGUUGACUUGACUCUGAUGUUCAGUUUGUAUUUUUGGAAUUGCUUUUUUCUUAGAAUUAAAAGGCCAACAUUAAAUGUGUGUAUUUUUUUCUGAGAUAGAAGAAUCAGUUUUGAUUUUGUAUUCUCGUGAAGUAUGUACUUGGCAUGCUCCCCUCUGUUUCUCUAGCUCUACCUUUCCCAUUUCUUUCUUGAAACACUUGACCUGCACAUAGACACUAGUGUUCCCAGCCAUGCUUGAGCAAUGCUUUGUUACAAGAUGUCAUGUACUGGAAAAUGCUGCAGUAGUGCUGCUGAAAAUAUAGCUAUAGUAAUUAAAGCACACCUACAAAGGCCUUUCAUCUUAUGUGAAUUUCAUUGUAUGUAGUAAUGGAGAGUCUGAAAGAAAUGCAAAUGUUGCUGUACCCAACUACUUCAUUUUGGUGUGACUUCAUUAUAUGUAUGCAUGUGGAAAUAUAUGUAAUUCAACUUUGUGGUC